UCUGGGCGCGAGCGGUUGAAAGACUGACUGGACUGACUGGCUGGCUGGCUGUGGGUGUCUUCACUCGCGAAGGUCUCGCGUCCGCCGCCCCGACUUCGCCCCAUGGCCGACCCCGAGCAGGCGCGGACUGGUUCGCUUCCUCCGUCGCCGCUGUCUUCUCCGGCGUGCCGGGACUCGGCCUCGGAGUCGUGCCCCGGCGUCGCCGCGAGUCUGGCCCGGCCGGUGCCGCCCCUGGACCCCCUGGAGGAAGUGGAGCUGCGGCUCGGAGACGCAGCAUUUUCAUUGACCAAGCUUGUUGAAGCCACAUCUGCAGUAUCAGCUCAAGUGGAAGCUCUUGCCUUGAAGUGUACAGAAAAUGCACGUUUCCUUAAAACCUGGCGGGACCUCUUGAAAGAAGGCUAUGAUUCUUUGAAGCCUGACAAGUAACUUCUCUGUGGACUAAUUCUUACUUCUUCAAGAUAUUUGCACACACACCAUAUUAUAGGAUAAUCUCUUGUUAGUAGUUUGUGUACACAGAAUAAAAAUAGUCUUGGUGUACUUCACUUUUAUGAAAGCAGAAUGCCAAUAUUUUUUAUGUUGGCCAAUAUUUAUCUUUAAAUAACACCUAUUUGAAACUUUCAGAGUUUUUUGUGAAAGUUACUUUAUUAGUAGCUAAUAUUAAAAAUGCCACACAGUGCUAGUUAUUGAAGGAAAU